AUGGAGGAUGUAUCAAAGAAUGGUUUGCCAGACCAAUUGAACGACCUAUUCGGUGCCCUGCCUUCCUUCUUCUUCCUUUCAUCCUGCACAAAUAUGCUACUUAUGGGAGCAUUUACAUUGGAGGACCAUUUACCGGUUAAACGGGUAGUGAUCAUUCAAAUCAGACUCUAUGUUUAUGGAAACAUUGCCGUCUAUCUCAUUGGAUCAAUUUGCUUCUUGUUUGAUUUCAUCACUCCACAGCCAGAGGGGGAUAGUUUGGUGGCAACGUCAAUGACCCUUUGGGGAGAGGUCAUCCAAAUAUUCUUGGGAGUGAUCUACUUCUGUGUAAUAAUCAAUCUAAUUGUACUUAUAGUUGUUUACUCCUCAUACUGGAAAAAGAGGGAUGUCUAUUCUGGUGAUCAGGCGUUGAAGAAACGAAAGAGGAGGAACUUCUUUAUUGUUAUGAUCCUCGCAAUAUUUGGUUACGCAGCAAGAUGUGGUCUUACAUUCUACGGUGGAUUCGCACCGAAUGCACAUUGGGAGACAGUCUUUGACAUGCCAUACUAUGUAUUGUUCGAGAUCAUUCCUUCGACAUUGGCCUUUACCUUUAUGAUUGGAAGAAAAUCACUGGAUACAAUGGACAACAUCCCUUAUGGUGUGGUGAUCAGAGGUGACUUCGAAUGGAUCAAGUCUAAACUAUGGUGUGGUCGUCAUAAACAUCCUGAACAUCAGCCAUUGAUUAACAUCAACAACAACAAUAUCAAUGAGAGUAUCUACGACAAUACCAACAACGGUAUCGAUCCAAGCUUUUCCACUUUAGGUUAG